AAGUCUUUGACCUUCCAAUGUAAUGUACCCUGCCCAGAAUCUAGACGCUCUCCUGCUUUCAGGAGAUUUUAAAACUUCCUUUUUGGGGCUGUCUGGCUCACCAGAUGUUUCCUGAAUCCACCGUGUUCCCAACUCACUCCCCUCCCCGGUGGUGAAAGGCAAGAGAAGGACAAAAAGAGGGAAUCUGUCAUUCACUCUCAGUAAAGCCAAGCAUGGAGAGAUACCAGGAGUCCAACUGAUGAAGUCUGAUCUGUGUGCGCCUCUCUGCUACAAAGCUGACCAAGUCAUAUAGGAUCUACUUCAGCUGCAGUAACAGUAGACUCUGUAACUCGUCUGAAGAGAAUUCACAGAACCACUCAGCACACAAACAUUCGUUUUUGAGCUGCUCACCUCCUCUUACACUACUUUAAGAGCAGUAUCAGCUCACAGGCAGGAGUCCUGCUGUUUUGCCGGCGAUGUCGUGGGACUGUGGCCUGAGGUACAUGUUCUCUGUGUCCCCUGCGCUGCAGCAGGGGAGCAUGUGCAUCCUGCAUGACAAGGAGGACCUGUCCAGACUGGAGAUGGUCCAGAGACUGGCCAAGGAUGGCUGCCGCUUCCUGCAGAACCACAGCAAGGGUCCGGAGAGGACAAGUGAGAGUGACGAGGCAGUCCGCGUCUAUCUGAGGGAGAGGGGCCACGAUGUGCUGGUUCUCCAGAGAAUGUCGUCAGAGCAGCCGGCCCCCUCUGCAUCGGCGAGGGGAGGAGGGAGAGAGGAGGCAAGGAACAAGAGGUACAUGGUGGUAUCAGGAACCCCGGAGAAGAUCCUCGAACACUUGCUGAAUGACCUGACACUGGACGAUGACCAUGGGAUGACACAGGGCAAAGAGUCAGACACUCUUCUGGAUGACUUUCUGCUGACCUACCCAGUGUUCAUGUCCACCAGUGAUUUAUGUCAAGCUCUGCUGGAACAUUAUUGCACCAAGCGAUACAGAGGGAAAGAGGACAGGAAGGAGGCUCUGGAGAGGAAACAAAAAGUCCUGCACCUGGUGUCACAGUGGAUGUCUCUCUGCAAAGAUUUCCUGAGGGAGGACGAACACGUCAAACUCUUCAUGAAGACUUUGUGCCGUUAUGUGUUGGAUGACCUUUAUGAGCACCCAGCCCUGGAGAAGGAUGUGAGGGAACUGCAGAAACUGUACCAGCUGCACCGCAGACAUACGGUGGAAGAAUAUUCCCCUCAGAGAAAGAGCAAAGCACUUUUCCACCAAUUGAGCCUGAGAGAGAAUGGGCUCCAGUCCAGAGGCACACAAAGGGAGACCAAGGAAGUGCUGUGUCACGUGUAUAUUACCAUGGAUUCGUACCUCAGUCUGAGGGCUCGUGCUGGGGUAGUGGCUCAGGAGCUGCUGCAGGCGGUGGCAGAAAGGAUGGAUGUCCCACAGGCAGAACUGGUACUCGUGGCUGUCACUUACCCUGGAGGAAGGCUCCUCCUGCAGCCUCAGGACAAAGUCUUUUCUGAUUCUUUACGGCCGAUGGGGAGGCUGCAUGUCUGCAGGAAGGACCUGGGAGAGGUCCUGAAUCCGUUCACAGACAACUCCGAGCUGCAACAGAGGACGGCUCGCAUGCUCAGUUUAAACACAUGGGACGUGGCCGUCGCUCUCACCAAUUUCGACUGGACCAUCUUUGACUCCAUACAUGAGCAAGAACUCGUCUAUUUCACCUUCAGCCGCCACAGCAGCAGCCGCCACUCUGUGGCUUUAGAGCUGCUGCUGCAACGCUGCGAUGAAGUCCAGCUGUGGGUGAUGACUGAGGUGCUGCUGUGUCCGACGCUCUGCAAAAGGGUCCAACUCAUCAAGAAGUUUAUCAAGAUCGCUGCCCACUGUAAAGCUCAGAGGAACCUCAACUGUUUCUUUGCCAUUAUAAUGGGCCUGAACACUGCAGCUGUUAGCCGCCUCAGUCAGACAUGGGAGAAAAUUCCUGGGAAAUUCAAAAAGCUGUUUUCAGAGCUGGAGACAGUUACAGAUCCUUCGCUGAACCACAAGGCCUACAGGGACUCCUUCAAGAAGAUGAAGGCACCAAAGAUCCCCUUUCUUCCUUUGCUGCUGAAAGAUAUUACGUUCAUUCAUGAAGGAAACAAGACGUUUCAUGACAACCUAGUCAAUUUUGAAAAGCUGCACAUGAUAGCAGACACAGUGCAGCUCAUCCGGCAGUGUCAGAGAGAUCACAUGGGAAAUGGCAUCACCCAGAAGAGCAGCUCAGAAGUGCGGGCCUACAUCGAUUACCUUCAUAUCAUCGACAAUCAGCAGACUUUGUUUGAACUGUCGCACAGACUAGAGCCUCGUGCUUAGAGGACGGUUCUCGCCGCAGACCGUCUGGAUUGCCAAGGAACAAUCUAUCAGCUGUCUCAUCUAUAUCUCAGGACUCAGUUGGCAAUCAGAUGAUGCCCUAUGAUCCCAGACGACCAGGAACUAGAAUAAGCAGCAAAGGACUCCCCUUAGGUGUCACUGAUCUGAAACCCUUGAUAGUGGACCCAGCCGACAUCAUUCAACAUCUGAGCUUCAGUGCCAGCAGUUCUACCACAACUUAUGGUGCCUGUUGGCAACAAAAAGCUACGCCAGUCACAGGUUACAGCUGAAUAACAAGAUCUGCGGGUCCAAACCUGCUGCUGCUCUUAACUUUACUUCCCCACAGAUGGCAGAGACUGGAAGGUGAAGUGCUGUUCUGUCAAUGACCCAACAGCUCCCCCCUGUGGAGAAUUAGCAGAAUGAGUUUGUUCACAGGCGGCAUUCUUCCCAUCAAACAAACGGCAACAGCGAACAAAAGUGCACACAAAAAAGCAACAAGCAUGAAAUUCACUCUCUACCUUGAGAACAGUAUGUCUGACAAAAAAGCAUUCGCUUUCCAGAGCUUUUAACCAUCAUGACACGCAGAUGAACUGAUAUAUGUACGCUUCUAUAGGGUUAUGCAUUUUCAUAUUUUCUCACAGUGUUCAGAGAUCUUGCAGCAAAGGGUUGUUUCAACAGAUUUUACCAAAGAGCCCAAUGCUUUCAAUCCAAUACACAAACACACAGUCAUGUUUCCAUCACUUUUGGGGACAUCACAUAGACUUACAUUAAUUUCCUGGAGGCCAUAACAAUACACAUGACUUGCCUAAUCCUAACCCUUAUAUAAUAUUAAAGC